ACUCGAUCGGCAAAAAUGGUGCCGUUGUUAAAUCCAGCUUCUUUCACCUUAGACAGCUGGCCAAAAUAAAACCUCUCCUCUCACAUGAACACUUUGAGACAGUAAUUCAUGCCUUUGUCACAUCCCGGCUCGAUUACUGCAAUGCCCUGUACUUUGGAGUCAGCCAGUCCUCCAUUAAGCGCCUUCAGCUGGUCCAGAAUGCCGCUACUCACCUCUUGACUGGUACUCGUGAGAGGGAGCACAUAACUCCUACUCUGGCAUCCCUUCACUGGCUCCCCAUUCAUUUUAGAGUUAUUUUCAAGAUCCUCCUCUUUGUUUUCAAACCUCUGAAUAAUCUCGCGCCACCUUACCUCUCUGAGCUCAUCCGCCCCUACAAACCUGCCCGGCGCCUCAGGUCUGUGGACCAGACAUUAUUAGAAGUACCAAGAACUACCAAGAACUAAACUGAGCCUUUUCUGUUGCUGGUCCCUCUCUCUGGAAUGACCUCCCACUGAACAUUCGGCAAGCCUCCUCGCUGCCCAUCUUCAAAGCCCUCCUCAAAACUCACUUGUAUUCUUUGGCAUUCGACUCAGCAUGACUUAGAUUUGUUCUUGGUUUUACUGUUUGGUGCUUUCUACCGCCUUUAUUACCGAUUUGUCUUACUGUUUAUUGUGCAUGUUAAAUUGCUCCAUGUACAGCACUUUGUAUGCAGCGAUGGCUGUUUGAAAGUGCUCUAUAAAUACUGUUGACUUGACUUGACUUUGUUGUCACGCCACAAUGGCAAGCUCUAACUCACAGGAGCUUGUUGUUUGUGACCACCUUUUGUCCUUUUCUUCCCUGCUUUUUCUUUGGCCAGACAAGAGGCCAUCUGCCUGCAGAAAAGCUCAGCCCUUGUCUGCAUCCCUCCCCCCACCCCUCCCCUCUUGAGGCUAAAAUAUCUCCGAGUGGUAUAUUUCUCAUCUGUCCCUUCUGACUUGUAUGCUAAAUUUUAUCCUCUGGUAUGUGUAGGUCUUCCCAAAAGAAUGUCACCCACAAUGGCAAAUAUCCUCACCUGUCACGUCAGUCUUUGCAGUCGUGCUUUAACUUUACUCAAGGAAUCCGGACAAAUGAAAAAAGAAAAAAAAACAGAGUGGAAACUCCAAAGUCAAUUUACAACUCAACCAGAAUCCCUUCGAAAAAAAAUUGUCAAAAGUCGAAGAGUUCAGACCGUCAUCAGGUACGGUGUCAUGUGAUACGUCAACAAAUCCUGCGAGACAUCACUUCAAUGUGCAUCCAAAGGAUUAACUACCCCAAGUGUUUUGCUUUUGUCAGUCUGUUUUGUUUGUGAUGCCGCCUCAGAAUGGUCUCGGGAAUGCAAAUAUGAAACCUGUCACCAGAACACGUCACGACACUUGAAAAUGGCCAACAUGUACAAUAUAUGAUCAAUUCGUGGAAUAUAUUUGUAUACUCAAAUAUGUUACGAACCAGAUGUUGAUGGUGAUGUUGAUGAAAAGCAGAAUGGCCAACGAAUGCUCAAAAAUGACCAGAAAAGCUUUCCAACAAGCAGUUAUUCCUGUUCCUUUCCCUUAUGUGUCAGCUGUCUUCAGCUGGGGAGCGGUUGUAAUUUCUUUCAUAUUUUUAAAAAGAUUUUCUGAACUUCUGGGCAGCAGUUUAAGCCCGAAAGAAAUUAAUGAUGCAUUUCCUGAGUGAACAUUAAAUUUGAAAUUCGACCCUUGACAGUCAACUAAUGCUAUUUGCAGUCAAUUAUGUUUGACUUGAGAGUUUCUAUUCUGUUAAUUGGUGUGUUUUUGUAGCACAGUUUUUUUUUAUUACUUUGUGGAGUGUAAAUUAGUUUUGUUCUCCUGUAUUGAUCGGGCCACACAAUAAUAAUACAAAUUUUAAAAAUCCUGUACUGUAAUGGAAUGACAAUAAGGGCAGUUGACAGGCAUCUUGCCCCGGUAAGUACUUGCUGCCGUGCACAAAUUCAAUUUGACAUAGCAACAGCCCCCCACUGGUAAACCACAGUAUGGCUGCAGAGCGACAAAUGAGCUUCCUUUGCUCUUUUACAUGGAUUUGAGCACUCCGGGAUUAUUCCCUCUGUCAGGAUUACGUCAGUAAUCCACCCACCACCCCCAGUUAUGAGUCUGGCUCUAUGAGUUUUGUUUGUGAGUUGAGGAAGUCGUUUGCCGCUGUUUCUGGAAGGCGGCAUUUGGGUAUCAGGCUUGGGGAAUUCCACCCGCUAGCUGACAAAAGAAUGGAGGUCAUGAUCUCUUCCGCUGAAACUCUUCAUUUGUCCGGCCCAAUAAUCUUGGGGUCCGUUUUAGAGGCAGUAAGUGACACAUUUAGGAGGCCUCGCUUGGCUCUCCGCGUGCUGCUGGCAUUUGAAUCUACAGCUAAGUGGAGUGGAGUGUGUCCGGAAGGCAGCGAGCUAAUGUGUGAGUGCUCUGUGAUAUAAAGAGGGUGUCUGCACUAUUGAUCCUGCUUUACAGAGCUGUUGAGCUGUGUGAAACAGUCCUGACAGCAACACCCCCUCCACAGCCCCUCCCCACCAUAGAGCCUGUUCUCUCUCUCUCGCUCCUUUCUGGGCGUGUGAAAGAGGGCCAUUGUGCGAGGCACACUCCAGCCCUCAGGCCACCCACCACCCGUCUUGUUGCCCCUGCUCGUCUCCCUCCCUGCUGACACUCUCUAAGGCCAGAAUUGGAGCCGUCCCCUGGCCAUCAGUCAUCAGUCGCCCUCUAAACUGAGAGGGGAGUGAGCGGAUUGGACUUGUUCGCCGGGCCGACACGAGCUCCCUUCCGCAUCUUCCUCCGGAGGAGAUGGAGGGUCUGUGGGAACAGUCCGAAAUGGAGGCCGAAAAUAACCAUGGAGGUUUAGCAGGGGAGCUGAUCAACCACAAGGCGAAAAGACAAGAGCGGAAGCGACAGGAACUGUUGGCUUUUGCGCUGGGAGUCAAACUAGGGAGCAAAGGGACACUUUUGUGGAAGCCUCUCAAACUGUUGGCCUCCUGUCCACAGAUCUCGUCCUCUCUGGUGCGGCACAGCGCCUUGAAAGACACCCCGGAGAAGCAGUGCUCCUAUGAGAAGAUGCACAACUUCAAGGUACACACCUUUCGAGGGCCACACUGGUGCGAGUACUGUGCCAACUUCAUGUGGGGCCUGAUUGCCCAAGGUGUCCGCUGCUCAGAUUGCGGGCUGAAUGUACACAAACAGUGCUCUAAACUGGUUCCCAGAGACUGCCAACCGGACUUGCGGCGGAUAAAGAAAGUGUUCAGCUGUGACCUCACCACGCUGGUCAAGGCCCACAACACCCCGAGGCCCAUGGUGGUGGAUCUCUGCAUUCGAGAGAUCGAACUCCGAGGUCUGAAAUCUGAAGGUCUUUACAGAGUGUCUGGCUUCUCGGAGCACAUCGAGGAUGUGAGACUCGCCUUUGACCGAGCAGAUGGUGAAAAGGCUGACAUUAGUGCCAGUGCCUAUGCAGACAUCAAUAUCAUUGCUGGUGCUCUGAAGCUUUACCUGAGGGACCUCCCCAUUCCCGUCAUAACCUUUGACCUGUACCCCAAAUUCAUUCAGGCCGCAAAAAUUCCAAAUGCUGAAUGCAGACUGGAGGCCGUCCACGAGGGUUUGCUGCAGCUUCCCCCCGCUCACUAUGAGACCUUACGCUACCUGAUGGCUCACCUCAAGAGGGUAACAACAUUCGAGAAGGACAACUUAAUGAAUUCGGAGAACUUGGGCAUCGUCUUCGGCCCGACGCUGAUGCAGCCCCCCGAGCAGAACGCCCUGACCACAUUGAACGACAUGAGGCACCAGAAACUUGUGGUGCAACUCAUGAUAGAGCAUGAAGAUGUCUUGUUCUAGCUGCCACCAAAACGGACGCAUAUUUAUUAUGUUUUACCAGUUAAUCCAAGCCACGUUGAGGAGAGUCCUUUCUGAUCAUGAUGCUCUUGAGGAGCUUCCUUACAUGCAUGACAGUUUUGUUGUUGGCAUUGUCUUGUUUCUGUCUGUUACGUAGUGUCAAGACCGUCGUGUUUGAUUUCGCACAGGAUCCAAGAUGUUUACAAGCUGCUCAAUUUUAUUUGACAAAUGCGUCGUGUCUAGUCUGUGUGACUUAACGAAUCAACUUUCCCACGCGUGCAAUUCCUGGAUCAUUUGUGGGAAAGUCAUCCAUCUUUUAGUGAAAAAAAGGCAUCCUUUCAUGUUGGGUCAAGAGAAGAUCUUGCGGUGAUCAAUAUUUUAAAAAGAUGAGACAAUUGGUCAAUUCAUGAAGCACUUUUUUGCAACGUGUGUACAGAUUUGUUUUCUAAAGAUGUUUAUUUUUGUCUUUUUACUCUGAAUCAUGUUGUUUUGUCACAGUAAUAUAUAGAGAGAGAUACAGUUGGGAAUGAUGCAUGUUUUAGUUGGUGUCUGGAUACAAAGGAGUUGAGAAAAAUAAAAGCCGUAUUACAUUUA